CUCUCUGCCACUAGUCAAUAUUCCGCGUAGUGCCUCGUCUCUCGCGUCCCAAAUGCCGAUCACGCAGCUGCACGCAUAACGCCUAAUCUCCGCGUAAUCUGUCAUUCUCUCGAAUCGACUUCUCGUUACUCUCGUUUUGAUUCCUCGAAUAGAAAUCUGGGGUAACCUUCGCCGGGGUUCGUUGAGCGAGAGAAAUGUUCGAUAGUAGUUCGGCUUCGACCGGUGGUACGGAGGGGUCUAGUCCUGCCUCUAGCCCUGCCUCGGCUGCGAGUCUUACGAUGGCUGCGCCGAAAUACGGUACGUUGGUACCGAAUCGUAUUUUCGUAGGUGGCAUCUCGGCGAGCACCAGCGAAGCGGAGCUCGCACAGCUUUUCUCGGCCUACGGCAAUGUCAAGGCUACGAAAAUUAUCUCAGAUCGCGCUGGCGUAUCCAAAGGCUACGGCUUUGUCACCUUUGAAACAGAGGAAGAAGCCAAACGGCUUCAACAAGAGGCCGAAUGCAUUGUUUUGAGAGAAAGGAAGCUUAAUAUAGCGCCCGCGAUUAAAAAGCAGCCCUUCUCUAGAUCCUUCGACGGUAGUACCGGUUCGCCUCCUUCCGUGCCUACAAGUACUUACUAUUAUGCGAACGGUAUGGGUCUCGCUUAUCAGAAUGGUAUGACGUUCUAUAAUACGGCAGCUCCCGCACCGGCGACUUCUAUCGCUCCACCUACGGAUCCAGGAACGAUUUAUCAAGCCACAGGAGUGUUUGGUCCUCAAGCUGCCACCAAUCAUCAAACAUUCGCUCCUGUAAUGUAUCCAUGUCCAGCUCCAUCGCUGUACAUGCCACAACAAUAUCAGUAUUCGCCUAUACCGUACGAACCGUACUACGCAGGAGCGGCGGCCGCCGCCGGAGCACCUCAGUAUUUGUACGCUACUACCGGUGGUUCGCCGAGUAAUACGAGCAACGGUGGUAGUGGUGGUAGUGGUGGCAAUAGUUCCGGCAGCAACGGCAAUAACGGUACAGGAGCGACCAGUCCGCCAACGGGCCCGCCGCCGCCUCUCCCACCUCCGCAUCCAACGCACUUUUAUGCACCUGCCGCACCGCCCCCGCAUCAUCAUCCACCUGUACAAGCGGGUCCGCCUCCUCCCCCAGCGCAAGUGGAUCAUCUGUACUAUCCUUUUGCAACUGGCCCGCACCCCGCGCUGCCGCCGCCGCCGCACGCGUCUAUGGGAUUGACUGAGCAGCAGCUAUUGCUGUACACUACGGAUGCUACAUCGUGCCAGCAAACUUCCACGUCUGAUAGUCAGACUGUUCCGCAGGAGGAUUCACGACCGACGCCGAGCCACUCGGAGCAACCACACGGUGAAACGCAACAGGCCUCUUCAGGCUCACCGGCAACACCUCUGGUGCCCCUAAUGCCCGUCAAAUUCCCCGUGUCCGGUCGUUAUCAUGCUAAUUAUCAUCCGAUCGCGAUACACACUGCACCGCAGAACGAUAGCGAGGACUGCACCAGUCCGAUGCAUUGUCGCGCCAUUCUUUACCCGACCGUUUACAUUUCCCACACACACGCACCGCCACCCUAUACGCAUCACAACGCAUCAUCCGGCAGUCUCCUGCCGACACCGUUUUCAGCUUCACCGCGUCAAUCCAACUAUGACAUCAACACGAAGACACACGGUCACAAUUCGAGAGACUGCAGCGGCAAUAAGUAUAUAGGCGGUCAGGGAAGUAAUAACAAUUUACGCGGUCAGGGAAAUCAGAGUCACGGCUAUUCGUUGAAUACACACGCAUCCAAAUCGCAGAACACACAGAGUGGUUCACAAUCGCACAAUAGCGGAAGGUGUAGCGGAAACAUUGGGACGGCGGAUGGUUUCUCACACAAGUAUUCGACGAUAGCGGUGUCGUCGCGAUUGCCAGUUCAGUAUAAUAGGAGGACGGCUGGAUCGAAUGUGGGCUCGUCGGCGAUCCUCAGAUCCGGCAGCGGCGGCUACGGCUCGAGUCAGGCCGCGCACAAGUUUAAUCACUCUACGGCGUCCAAUUAUGGUGGCUCGCACAAGUCGAGCAACGCUAUUCACGGCUAUGAAUAUUCGUCGAAUGGACGCGCGAGGAACUACAGCGAUGAUCAGUAUUAUGAAAUCGGUGCGGCGGGUAACAACAGAUCGAUGGGCAAUGGUGGUUAUGGUUCUACGAAUCGUAGAAAUUAUCUAUCAAAUAACAACUAUAGAGGAGGCGCCGCCCGAUUGACUGACCUGCACGUUGGAAGCGACAACAAUGAUCGGCCUAACAACAACGAUGCUCCUAAGACGGACAAUGCCGCCGUCGUCGUCACGUCGACGACGUCGACGACGACGACAACGUUGUCCUCUCGCCUGUCUCCAGCCGAGCGAACAAACGCGGACAAUAAUACGUCAAAGGAUGCUCAGGAGAAACCGGCGAGCCCACCGCCAGCCCCGUACUCACCCAUGACACGGCCUCUUCCAACUCUCUCACCACCCACCCCCCAGGUCCAGUUUUAUGCUCCGGUCCAGAACCGUUAUCAGCCACCUUCUAUGCCUUCGUCGCAACCGCAACAGCAACAACAACAGUCUAUCAACAGUCAACGCAGCCGGUAUUCCGUGGGUCAGACAUUGGCUAAUCGGAAGCCGUCCGACAAGUACUCGAACGCUACCGGUUCAUCGCAAACGAUGCUGCGACAAAGUGCCAAGUACAAGGUGAACGGUAUAAUGCAGACUGCGACCACGACGGUGACGAGCAAGCUCGCCGACGACAAUUUGGGAGGCGCGGGCGACGGUCCUGGUAGGCUACCGAUAACGCCACCCGGUACACCGCGAGCGAGCGGCCAUCCAGCGGCCGGUGAUCAGAAUCAGUUAAGCGAUACGUGCCAUCAGAUGCAGGCGCUAACUUUGUAGAAGUAUGCUUUCCAUCCACUCCCGCCCUCUUCCUUUUUUUUUGUUCUCUGCGACCUUUUUAUUGUCUUCUUAUCGAGAAUAUAUAUAUAAAUAUAUAUAUAAUAUCUUAUAAGAGUCUAGAGAGAGAAAGCCACGCGACCUAAGAUGUGACGGCUGCAAACUAUAAAAAAACAGUAAAAGAAUCAAGACAUGCAAUAUACACAUAUAUACACAUACACGCUAGGGUAUGAUUUCUCUGGUGAUCUCAGACUCGACAUGUUAAAAUAAUUAGAUAUUCGAUAGAGACAAAAUCUCGAGUUCAACAGCUCGCUGAUUGAUUGAGUGAUUCCAAUAAAAGCUCUAUACACGCGUGAACACGAUCUAUACAGCCAUGUAUAGAGAAAGCAGGAUACGAUAUAUUAUUAAUUGUUACAUAAAGGGAAAGAAAGCGAUGAAUGUGUGUAUCUAAAAAAAAACAAACUUGAAUGAUAUCUGACGGGAAGUGUGUAGCAGAGAAUUAAUAAAAAGAAAACUUUUAUCUUAAGAACACAACACAUACACACAUAGAUAUGUCAUUUACAUAUAUAUCUACGUUAUAUAAUAUAUAUAUAUACAUAUAUAUUAUACUAUUACAGUAUCCGAUGUUAUAUGCGUGAUAGGCUCGACAAACCAUGAAUCUCGCGAGCAAGGCUAGAUUAGUUAGCAAAAGAUAGAACCGAGGAAAAAAAAGAAGAAAUAACAUUGUUAUCGUACAAAAUGAUGAGCGAUUUGUCAUGUGUUCAAAAACAAAAAAAAAAGAUAAAAGGAAAAACAAAGGAAAGGGGUAAAGAGGGCGAGAUAGGGUUGAUUUCAUAAACGGUUGCUCAAGGCACUGCCACAUCUUCAUUAAUUUUGUUUUUUUUUUAUUUUAUUUUAUUUACCCCGAAAGAUGCGGGGAUAUACCCGUACUUAUAAUUUUUUCUCUCGUUAGAGUAACCGUGAAUAUAUAUUUCAUCUCGCGUUCUUUUUCGAACGUAGAGCGAGUUGAUAUCCGGAUUCGUUAUUCUUUUCGUUGACAUAUUAUCCCGCGCUAAACGUUGUACAUGUUGUAGCUGUUAAAUACUGGGAGAAAAAAAAAACCGUGAUCCAAGUACGAAAAGACGAAACGCCCUGUACCCAAGUGAAAAUAAGGUAAGAUAUUAAAAGAGGAGAGAAAUAAUAAUAAUGAAUUAAAAAAAAAUGUGUCGGCUGUGAGCUUCCAAGCAAAUAACAAUAAUUAAAUUAUUAUAAUAUUAAAGGUUAAAUAAUAUUCUCUACCUAAUUGUUACAAAGGUGGAUUUCUUUUACCUGUAAAUGUGAAACAAAUUUGUUAUCUCGUAUCUCACGUAGCUAUGAUUAUCCAUUUGAGGGAGAGAGAAAGAGAGAGAGAGAGAGAGAGAGAAAGACAGAUUAGAUUUGCGGCGCCGUCAUGUAAAUGCUUCGCGACGCAUACAUUACCUGAAGAUUUCGGUGACAUCCGUAUUGGUACGUGGAUAGAAACACGAACGCGACAGACAAGGGCCUAGAAGAAGGCGUAGAGAUAAUAUCCGAGCGAACACUGUUAACACAAAAAAAUUAAUUUAUUGAAAAAGCAAGAGUGCCUUCUAUUUGUUUUCGUAAUUGUAUUGUUGAACAUUUGUUGCGUUACGUUCCAAGAGCUCUAAUGUUGUUAUAAGAAAAAAAAAGAGAUGUUUGAAGAAUUGUUGUUCCUCUAUUUAUUUAUUGAUUUAUGGGCAUAUACGUGAUGCUAAUAUGCCCAACUAUAGCCCAGCGAAUUCGGAAGUGUGAGAGUAUGAUACUGUAACAAUAGGUUUGGAAAACUCUGUAUAAUGUGAAAGAACAAACGUCGAAAUACAGCAACAAAGUCGCAUAAUAAUGACCGACGUUACUGUUUUGCUGAGAUAGAUAUUAGACGGAAAGAAGAGGAACGAGUGAAAUGAAUUGUAUGAAUGAGUAUUAAUUGAGUGAAUGAGUAACAUAAGUAAAGGGAGGAAAAUAAAAAAAAAGAGAGAGUAUGUGUAUGUGUAUGUGCAGUUUAUUGCAACAGUACUAUGUAUAGGCGAAACACAAGAAGAAGACAUUCUCACAUGUGUACAUAUAUGUAUAUGUAUCUGUAAAUGCAUAUACAUUUCUACAUAUAUACACACACAUGUACGUACGAUGAUAUAUGUAUGUAUACAUAUAUAUAUGUAUAUCAGAGCGAUGAGAGAUAUAUAACAUAUAUACCGAAGAUAUGCAAAAGAGAUACGCAUUAUUUAGUUGUGUGUAUUUGUGCUCGCGCGCGAAUCUGGAUAGGUGGCUGUGAUUUAUUGCGUGCAAGUACAGAUUUAAAUGUGAGCAUACGUGUGGCUCGUGUAUCUACUCACACACAGCACACAUCCAUAUUUCAUAUAUAUAU